AUGAGCAAGCGAGGACAUGGAGACGGCGAGAGCGCCCUUGACCACCUGGAAGACGUCACAAGCCUCGUGGCUGCGCUCCGCUCCACGGUGGAGGGGCUGGUGGCGUCGGCCAAGGCAGGGCAGAUCGUCGACGAAACCGCGCUGGCGGCUGGCUCACACACGCUAAUGCGACUUAGGGGAGCACAUCGAGGCGUCAUGAAGGCGAAUGCAGAGAAGGAGGCUGAGCUGGCUGAAGCGUCUACAGCUUUGGAUGAAGCUCAACUGGGCCUCGAGUCGGUCCUCUACGAGAAGGCUGUCGUGCUCAACGAAAUCAAGCGCUGCGCAGAGUUUGCCUUUGCCGGCGAUGCCCUCGACCUGGUGCCUGCCAAGGAUGCCCUCGCUGAUGCUGCUGUGGAUGCCAAGUCACUCUCCGAUCACGAGGUCAUGCUCGCGCGGCUGACCUUUGAGAUGGCACAGCGCGAGAAGCUCGUCAACGAGCUCCAUGCCCAGCAGAAGACCGUGGAGGAGACCCAGGAGCGCCUCGCCUCCGACUCGGACUUUCUCGACUCGCUCCACAUCCAGCUCGACAAGUUCCUCCAUGCCGGCCAGCCGCUCGUCGAUGCUAUGGGCUCAUCGCUGGUGGUCGUUGAUGCAGAGACCCGCGAGCGCCUCGGCCUCCUGCCCUCGCCGCUCUACAUGCUCUACACACAGCUGUUGGCCUACAACGGCGCGGCAUCCACCGCUGCCAUGGCGCUGACCAUUGCCGGUGACACUGCCGCUGCCACCCUCGCUGCCGCAAAGGCCGCCAAGGCCGCCGCAGACCUCGAGCCGCCGUCGCCAUCGGCAGCCAAGCGCGUCGCCACCGCAGACGACGACGAUGAUGAUGACGAGCGCGCCGACUCGUACUACGCCGUCUUCCCGCUCAGCGUCGAGCUCGAGCUCUUCCCCGGGCCGGACGACGCGUUUGAUGCGCCGGUCAAGCUCGGUUUUGCCUUCUUUGCCGCGCUCAACCUUGUCGGCGUCCAGGUGCUCGACGGCCCGCUGCCCGCAAACCUGCUGGCAAAUCUCUUCCCAGGCGACGCCGGCGAGACGUCGCCCAACCCGGCCAACGCGUACCUGGGCACAGCCUCGGGCGAGCCAUUCCGCUUUGCGCCGCCGCUCGCCGUCGCUUCGCUCAAGCCAUACCUGUGGGCCCACUCGGUCCCGCUCUCGGUCGGCGUCAAAGCCAUUCUGGCCCAACUUCGCAACCGGCUCAACGCCGGGCGUGCGCUCGACUGCCAGCUGUCUGAGCUCGCAAAUGGCACGCUUCCGCUGGCCAAGCUCGUCUCGCCUUCCUUCCCGCUCCAAACCCGCGUCUCGCUCCGCUCGUGGCGGCAGCUGAGCGCCGCCGAUGCUGACACCGCGAUUGCGGCCUCGCCAGUCCUCACUGCUGUCGCUGAUCCGGCCCUGCAGACUGAUGUCUACCUGGCCGAGCUUGUCCGCGACGGUGCCACCCUCACAGCCACUGUCGCCAUCACCAACGAGUACCCUGCCCGCCCGCCGCUCUUUCACCUCGAGCUCAGCAACAGCGAGCAGGCCGGCUUGUCCACCGACAACAACGUCGGCGUCAUGGCCGCCGAGGUCAACGUCUAUCACUCGGAGCUGCCGCUACCCAACGACAACGAGGUCCUCUCGUACCAGCUCCGCAAGCUAGCUCUCUGCUUCGACGUCUACCAAGAGUGCAAGGCCGCAUCGUCGUCGUCCGCCCUCCUCUCCUCCAAGCUCGCCCUCCGCACCGUCCGCGGUCGCAACCGCGAGAUGCCGUUCUCCUUUGAUGCCGCUGUUGGCCUCUUUACCCAGCGCCUCCAUCGCGCCCUCCCUCGCCAGGCUCCUGCCGCUAUGGUCGUCGAGUGA